GCCAAAGACGGGAACCACCUUUUCCCUGUGGCAGUUUCGUUUUCACAGAAAAGGUGGCACUGAUACAGAGGCAUUGCGUAGCUCGCGACAUUGACGAGAUAGUCUUAAACUAACAGACCAUAUCCACGCUAAGGCUUUCCUUAAUACAGAAAGUGCCUCUAGAGAAGAGACAGAUCUGUCUCUGUCCAUACAUUUACAGUAAGAGUGCUGGCAACACCUGCCGCUCUCCUUUUUGAUCUAUGAACGAUCUUUAAAAAUACGAACGCUAAAGUAACCUGAUGGAACUUUGAACACAAGCUAAAGCUAUGAACUCACAACAUUCAAUCAUUACUCUUCUGGCCAUGGGUUUUAGUUGUCUCACAAUCAGCUCUGGUCUGGGCUUAGCUUCUCCGAAGAAGAACACCUGUCAUGUUCGUCAUGAAAAGGCUGACUGCAGCCGCCUUCUCCUCAAUGAGAUCCCAUCAGACCUCCCUCGAAACAUCACCAGCCUGGACAUGUCCCACAACCGCAUGGUGGGCCUGCCCGCUGCCUCUCUGGACCCAUACCCAGGCCUUAUUCAUCUGGACGUGGGCUUUAACAGUCUCACCCGGUUGGAGGCCGGUGUCUGCCAGACUCUGAGCCAUCUCCGGAGCUUGGACUUGCAGCACAACGAGGUUCAUCUGCUCACAGAGAAGGAUCUAAGUUGCUGCGCCAAUCUUACGCAACUGAACUUGGCUUCGAACAGACUGAAGUUGCAGGGGGAGCCCUUUGCUGCUCUACAGAGCCUGACUCAGCUUGAUGUUUCCAAAAGCGGACUUGAGUCUGCCAAGUUAGGCUCCCAGCACCAACUUCCCAACUUAGUGUCUCUCAUUCUUUCAAACAACAAGAUAUCCACACUAAAAAAGGAUGACUUCUCCUUUCUCAGCUCCUCCUCGUACUUUAGAGUAAUCGACCUGUCAUUUCUGUCUCUUCUGAAAAUGAUUGAGCCUGGUAGCUUAGCGCCCAUAAAGACCAUAGAAGAACUAAUCAUGGAGGGGAAACAGCUAAACCAGCAGCUCAUAUCCCAACUCUGCAUGGAGCUGUCUGGGACUGCCAUUCAUAAUCUGUCCCUUCAGAACACACAGGUCAUACUAACAAACACAACCUUUAAGGCUUUGGAGAAGACCAACCUGACCGUUUUAGAUCUGUCCAACAAUAGCCUGACUACAUUAGAAAAUAGUCCCUUUCAGUGGCUGACUGAGCUGAAGACUCUGAUUCUGCAACAGAACAACAUAAAAACCCUUAACAAAGACACAUUCCAAGGGCUGGGCAACCUUACACUGCUCAACCUGAGGAGGGGGCUAGUAAAGAACAAGCACACGUCCCACACCCCUGCAAUCAAGGAUUUCUCCUUCCAGCCACUCGGGGCGCUGGAGAGUUUGAUCAUGGAGAACACAGCAUUUCAAGAGAUCACAAAGAACACUUUUACAGGUCUGAACAAUCUACGCAACCUGAACCUGGGAUUUGCCAGCUGUGUGUCCCUUCAUAACAUCAACAACCUCACCCUGGUUUCGCUUAUCAACUCCCCUGUCCAGACUCUUAAUUUGACGGGAACAGCAAUCAAGCACCUGGGCCCUGGGGCCUUUUCUAGCCUGAGAAACCUCACCAGCCUCCUGCUAGCCUUCAACUUCAUCGCUCAAACUUUGAACGGGACAGAGUUUCAAGGACUGGACCAGUUGCAGGAGCUCAAACUCUUUAACAACCAGCAGAAGAUCAUACUAAGCCCCACAUCCUUUACAGGUGUGCCCAGACUCAAGUCCCUGUUUUUGGGCAAGGCUUUAAGUGGUGCCCAGGAUAUGAAUCCCUCUCCGUUCAAGCCACUGUCCAACCUCACCCUUCUGGACCUCAGCAACAACAACAUUGCCAAUAUCAAUGCAAGUCUCCUAAAGGGACUGGAUAAUCUAAAAGUCCUAAAGCUGCAGCACAACAAUUUGGCCCGAGUAUGGAAGGCUGCCAACCCAGGAGGGCCGGUUCUUUUUCUAGAGGGGCUAAGUAGCUUGACCGUCCUGGAUAUGGACAUCACUGGACUGGACGAGAUCCCUAGAGAGAGUCUUCGGGGCUUGGCUAACCUUCGUGAGCUCAGCCUCAGCGGUAAUCUCCUGAACUACCUGAAGGAAUCAGUCUUUGAUGAUCUGAGAUCCCUACAGGUUUUGCGUCUCCAGAAGAACUUGAUCACUUCUGUGCAGAAGGAAGUGUUCGGCAAGGCUUUUGCCAACCUCAGCCAAUUGGUCAUCGACAAGAACCCUUUUGACUGCACCUGCGAAAGCAUUUUGUGGUUUGUGCACUGGCUAAACACAACCAACACCAGUGUGCUGGGCCGUGAUGAGUAUACAUGUAACACGCCCUCAGCCUACUUCGACCGCUCGGUCAUGAAGUUCGACCCGCAGUCCUGUAAAGACAUGACCCCGUUCUAUACCCUCUAUGUACUAAGCAGCACCACUGUUCUAACUUUCAUGGUCACCGCAUUUUUGUUUCGGUUCCAUGGAUGGAGAAUUCAGUUCUACUGGAAUAUUCUGGUCAACAGGACCUUAGGUUUAGGUGACACCAAACGUAUUAAGGGGAGAAAUUACGAAUAUGACGCCUAUGUUGUUUAUGCAGAAGCAGAUGAGGAGUGGGUAACCGCAAGGCUGCUUCCUCUAGAAAAAGAGGAGUAUAGGUUUUUCCUGGAAAACCGUGACUCUGUUCCUGGUAGUCCACGCCUACAGUCUAUUGUGGAUGAUAUGAAAAAUUCCCAAAAAAUUAUAUUUGUUGUCACUGAAAGUCUUUUCAGAGACCCACUGUGCAGACGCUUCAAAGUCCACCAUGCCCUUCACCAAGUCAUUGAGGAAGGCAGGGACCGCCUGGUGCUCAUCCUCCUCCAGGACGUGCAGGACUACAGGCUGUCCCAAGCACUGCUCCUUCGCAGGGGCAUGCUGAGGCCACGCUGCAUCCUCCACUGGCCCAUAGAGAGGGAACAGAUCCCCGCCUUUCACCAGAAGCUUCGCAUAGCACUGGGGAUUGUCAACAGAGGGCAGCAGUUUUAGUUGUGGCUGUGGGUUCGGUUGCUUGAGUAAGCUAAAGCUGCAAAGUGAAUGGCUUUAGUCAACGGGUAUUUGAGGAAAGAAGUGCCCAUAUGUAAUUGUUUAUUCUCUGUCUGGGAUUACUGCGAAACAUUUGAACUCUGUGUAUAGUUAGAAAUAUAUACUGCUGCAUGUUUGGAUGUUGUAGCUUUUAAACUAUGGCUGGUAACUGUUCAACUACAAUAUCUAAACAUAGACAUUUUGGAAUGGCUUGUCAACUGUAGGUACUCACUUGCUCAGCAGUAUAUAUGGUUAACUUGACUUGGAAAAAAAAAAGAGAAUUAUUUUCUAUAAUUAUCUAUCAAUACAAUAGGCUUGAUGACUAAAUAUUGCUACUAAUGAUUUCUUUAAAUAUUAAGGAGUGAGUCAUGUCAAUAUUUGUCUUCUUUGUACUUGAAUCUGUGAAUUUGUGGACCAAAAAAUACAAGAAAAGCCCAAGGCACUAUCUUAUCUUAUUGUCAAGGCUAAUAACAAUGGUUUACCUUGAGCCAAAGGUUUAACAUGACAACAAAGGGAUGUAUUUAGAGAGAGUGCCAUGGGUUUUUUUUGUAUUUUAGUCCACAUGUAUCCUUAUUCAAAACACACAUUAAACAAACUCAUUUCGAGUCCAGGAAGCGAUCCUAACCAAAUAACGUGUGAAUAUUGCAGAUUAUUUAAAAAUGAGUUGUUAUAGUUGUGUGAUUGCAACAUCUAGUGGUUUUUCAAACCAACUGCAGCUAUUGUUACGCUCAAGGAACCCAAGGUUUUGGUUAACUUUUGUCCAAAGUUUUUUCACUGGUUUCUAUUUUAGCUUUAGUUUCUGAAGUUGUCAUUCAAAAAGGGUGACAUAACAUUUUAGCUUUCAGAAAAUACAGAGCAUGUAAAAUUACCUUUGCUCAUAUUUAGCAUUGAGAAAAGUCUCACAAACCUCUCUGGAUACUGCUUACAGGGCAAUCGAAAGGUUUGUCAAGCUGGAUAAAGAAGUGUGAGGAAUGAUUCAAUUUGGCUCAUUAAAAGAUAAGGUUGCAAGGCCAGAUGCUUGAAGGACUAGCAGAUUAAGAAAGCAAACACAAAGAGAUUGAAUGAUCCUCUGCCUUGUAUUCCUCCUUAGAGAUGUGUGUUGCAUUUAAAAAAUAAUACAGUAAAUGCUUGAACUUCUUUUACACACAAGCUCAACCAAGACCAAAACAAUCAAUA